UUACCAGGAAUAUUAAUUUCAAUCGUUAUUUUUGAAUAUUUUAUAACUAACUAGCCAGCUCCUUUGUGUAUUUCAAAAGCGGACGGAUAUUUCUGGGAUUUGAUACACCCAUCUUUAUACUGAAGAGAAAAUACUGAACAGGGAAGUGUCCUCUGGAAAUUCGCCUGCAGGAGGACUGACGAGCAGCAAUGACACUCGGUCCCUGUCCUGACACCCGGCACGGCACAAGGGGGCUGGACACCGAGGUGCUGCCUCUCUCCUUGAUGCCAGCCACACUCCUUAUCCUCCUCGUUCUCCUCAGCCCCACCGGCACCACCUCUGAGCCCGAGAUGUUGCCAUUCCCAGAGAUCCGCCUGGCCAACGGGCCCAGCCGGUGCCAGGGGCGAGUGGAGAUCCUCUACAACGGCUCCUGGGGCACGGUCUGCGACGACGACUGGGACAUCGUGGAUGCCAACGUGGUGUGCCGCCAGCUGGGCUGUGGCCAUGCCAUCACCCUGCCCGCCGCCAUGACCUUCGGCCAGGGCAGCGGGCCCAUCUUCCUGGACAACGUGGACUGCAAGGGCUCGGAGGCAGCCCUGAGCGAGUGCUGGAGCCACGGCUGGGGCAUCCACAACUGCUACCACUACGAGGACGUGGCUGUUGUGUGCAACGAGUUCUCACCCACGCAAGUCAGCGAAGGACCGACCACCAGGACCCUCACAGCCUCGGUACAGGAUGGGGAAAGUAAGCUGCUCAGCUGUCACUGCCUGAGGGCAGUGUCCCUUACUGUCACCUGCUGUGACGGCAGCAUCCGCCUGGUGAGCGGCCCAGACACCUGCCAGGGCCGGGUGGAGAUCUUCUACCGCGGGAACUGGGGCACCGUCUGCGACGACGACUGGGGCCUGAGCGAUGCCAGCGUGGUCUGCAAGCAGCUGGGCUGUGGGCAAGCCCUGGAUUACAAGAGCAAUGCCUAUUUUGGCUAUGGAACAGGACGUAUCCUCCUGGACAACGUCAACUGCGACGGCAGCGAGCCCUUCCUGUCCGCCUGCUACAGCCUCGGCUGGGGCAUCCAUAACUGUGGCCACCACGAGGAUGCUGGGGUCAUCUGCGCAGGACUGGACACAUCCACCAUCACAUCAUUCACCACCUCGGUGGCCCUGGACUCCGAGGAGACGCUCACAGCCACGGCCACAGCAGUGACAGACAGCAGGGACCAGCCCUCCCAGGCCACCAAGGUGGUCACCACCACGCUCCUGACCAUCGAGCAGGAAAGUGGCGGCUUGCGGCUGGCGAACGGCAACGGGAGCUGCCGCGGGCGGGUGGAGGUGCGGCACCGCGGCACCUGGGGCACCGUCUGCGACGACGACUGGGACUUCCCCGACGCCCAGGUGGUUUGCCGGCAGCUGGGCUGCGGCAGCGCCCUCGCCGCCACCGUGCUCGGCUCCUUCGGCUACGGCAGCGGGCCCGUGCUGCUGGAUAACGUGGGCUGCGGCGGCGGCGAGGCGCGCCUGGCAGACUGCUUCCACCUGGGCUGGGGACAGCACAACUGCGGCCACCACGAGGACGCCGGGGUCAUCUGCCGAGGCAGGGACAGUGGGGCACAGCGCUGGGGUGGGCACAGGCAGGGGCUGCCUCACCCCCUCCCCUCCGCAGGGUCCCUGCGCCUGGUGAACGGCAGCCACCGGUGCGAGGGCCGCGUGGAGAUGUUCUACCUGUCCCAGUGGGGCACGGUGUGCGACGACGCCUGGGACCUGCGGGACGCCAAGGUGGUGUGCAGGCAGCUGGGCUGUGGGCACGCCCUGGCAGCCUGGGGGGAGGCACACUACGGCCAAGGCACGGGCUACAUCUUCCUCGACAACCUCAAGUGCAAGGGCCACGAGCCCUCGCUGCUGCGCUGCUCCCACAUCCGCUGGGACGUCCACAACUGCGACCACUCCGAGGAUGCCGGUGCUGUCUGUGACAUCCUAUGA